AUGCUGCUUGCCGAGGCUUUGACCACCCUUCUCUGGGAGCAGGACAAGCCACAAAGGUGCCCAGAGGCAUCGAGAUGCUCCCUACCUCUGUCCAGCGCUACCGGGUGCUGCCGGAGCCCACCCGCGCUCCUCGUGGGUGCGGGCCCGGGGGUCCCCGCCCCAUCUCAUGCAUAUUCAUACUCAUACCCACGGUCCCGCCCCGCUCUCGCGGGGGUUGCGGAGCCCGGGGCAGGCGGCGGCAUGGGCGGCGGGGCCGGUGCGGUGCGGGUUCUGGUGGACAUGGACGGCGUCCUGGCCGACUUCGAGGGCGCGGUGCUGCGGGGCUUCCACGCCCGGUUCCCCGGAGAGCCGCGGGUGGAGCUGGAGGCACGGAGGGGCUUCUCGGUGCGGGAGCAAUACCGCAGCGUGCGGGAGGACCUGGGGGCAAAGGUAGCCAGUGUCUAUGAAUCACCUGGCUUCUUUCUAGAGUUGGAUCCAAUUCCAGGAGCCCUUGAAGCUAUGCAGGAGAUGAUCCACAUGCAGGACACUGAAGUGUUUAUUUGCACAAGUCCUCUCCGGAAAUACGAACACUGCAUCGUGGAAAAGUACAAGUGGGUAGAAAAACAUCUGGGACCUGAGUUUGUGGAGCGGAUUAUUCUAACCCGAGACAAGACCGUCGUCUCGGCUGACUUGCUGUUUGAUGACAAGGAUACCAUUAGAGGUGCUGAGCUGAACCCGAGCUGGGAGCACAUCCUGUUCACCUGCUGCCACAACCGGCACCUCCAGCUGCAGGCACCGCGCCGGCGCCUGCUCUCCUGGGAGGAUGACUGGAAGGCCAUCUUGGAAAGCAAGCGUAGGCAGUGACACAGAAAUGGGAUGCUGUGCUCUUCCCACUGCCCAGGCAACAACCCACCCACCCACUGGCAGGGAAAUCUGUCCCCAGGAGGCAGCCAGUACCCUUACCCUGAGCACCCUCAUGCAGGCAGGGGAUCCAUCACGAUAAGAAAUGAGCUGCCCAUUGGAUGUGCUGCAGAGCUGACUCCUCCCCAGGUUUCUGGAAGGCUGCAUUGAGUUUAUUACCAUAGAGUUUGGAUGUUUGCUGUUGGUGAAGAGAAACUAUAAAGUACAAGCAGUUGUGGGUUGUUUCUCACUUGUUGCUUUCUUGUGUGCUUGUGCUUUUAGCCUUACUCCUGUUCGUUUUGGGCUGACUGAGGGAGGAGGGGAGAAAAAAAAGAGGAAGAAAUAAAGCUCUGAAACUUGAGCAGACACAGCAUGGGUGCCUGUCAGGGAGCACUGUGCUCAGCAGCCAAACCCUUUUAGAUUUUAUGUAUUUAGCCACCCUGGGUUUUGGGUUGCCUUCUGUAUCGCUGGCUGAUAAUGAAACAAAGAGUGAGCUGGCUUCAGUUUCUGGCCCAUGUGCAUGCACAGUGUGGGCAAAGGCUGGGCUGCAAGUGCUGUGGAGAAAAUGUAUGGGAUUAAACAAAACUGUUUA